AGAGGAAAGCAGAAAAUGAGAGUGUGGCCAAGACAGUGGCUCAUAGUGACAGCAGGGGCAGAAGGAGGCAGAGCGAGCGAGUGAACUGGGGAAGAGAAAACUGUCAGUGGGGGAAAAAUGCAGGAAAGACACUGAAGCUGAGCUGGUGAGGAGGAAACAAGAAAAUACAACCAAGGCUAGAAAGAGUCAUUAGGAAGCAACAUUGUGGAAACAGAAGAGAAAGUGAGGAAACUGACUGAUUUGUCCAAAUGUGUUUGAGAUGUGCAAUUGGCAGUGCUUAAUUUGCAGCGUGGAGUGUGUAUGCGUGAGCGGGUCUGAUUGUGCUACCAGUACUGCCUGGAAAACGUGCUUGGUGGAUUACGAGAGAUCAUGACGAGGACGGUUGUGUGUGUGUUAGAGAGUGUGUGUGUUUAUUAGUGAACAAAAGGGCUAGGUGCAGCUUGUUCAUGAGUGUGUGUGUUUAGAUGAGAAAGCUGUGCAGCUGAAGAGUUGCUUGAGAAAAGGGAAAAGAUAGUGCAGAUAGCUGAAGCACUUGAGGAUGCCAGGGCAUUCAGGGACAAGCACAGCUCUCCGAUAACUGCCGUCUUGAGUACUUCAGACCCAACAAAGGAAAGCAAACCAAUAAACAGAGACUGUUGAAGGCAAAUUAAGGUGAAACCAUGGGAGCACGUGUCUUCUUGAGACGUCAACGGAACUAUUUGUAGGACUGUUGUUGCUGACUACCUCACAGGGUAAAGCCACGAAGACUGUAGAGUUUCUUCGGAGGUGUACGUGAAGGAUCGGCGGGGGUCCAUUAUAGUGUCCAGUGAUCCCUUGAUGUCUUCAGCACCCAGCCAUGGGAGAGUGGACCAUUUUAGAGCGCCUCCUGGAGGCCGCUGUACAGCAGCACUCUACAAUGAUUGGAAGGAUUCUACUGACAGUGGUGGUGAUAUUCCGUAUCCUAAUCGUGGCCAUCGUAGGUGAAACGGUCUAUGAAGAUGAGCAGACCAUGUUUAUCUGCAACACCCUCCAACCUGGGUGCAACCAGGCCUGCUACGACAAGGCCUUCCCCAUCUCUCACAUCCGAUACUGGGUCUUCCAGAUCAUCCUCGUUUGUACGCCCAGCCUGUGCUUCAUCACCUAUUCAGUGCAUCAGUCGGCCAAACAACGUGACCGUCGCUACUCCUUCCUCUACCCAAUGAUGGAGAAGGACUACAGUCGUGAGGGUACCCGCAAACUACGCAAUAUUAAUGGCAUUUUGGUGCAGCACUCUGACAGUGGUGGGGGAAAGGAUGAACCUGAUUGCUUAGAAGUAAAGGAGAUCCCAAAUGCUCCAAGAGGCCUCUUGCAUAGCAGGAGCUCCAAGGUACGACGACAAGAGGGCAUCUCUCGCUUUUACAUAAUCCAGGUCGUGUUCCGCAAUGCACUGGAGAUAGGCUUCUUGGUGGGACAGUAUUUUCUGUAUGGCUUCAGUGUCCCUGGCAUCUUUGAGUGUGACCGCUACCCCUGCUUGAAGGAGGUGGAGUGCUACGUAUCACGACCCACUGAGAAGACAGUGUUCCUAGUGUUCAUGUUUGCAGUGAGUGGGAUCUGCGUCGUGCUCAACCUUGCCGAGCUCAACCACCUCGGCUGGAGGAAAAUCAAGGCUGCCAUUCGAGGUGUGCAAGCCCGCAGGAAGUCCAUCUGUGAGAUCCGCAAAAAGGACAUGGCCCACCUGUCACAACCGCCAAACCUGGGCAGGACCCAGUCCAGCGAGUCUGCUUAUGUCUGAUCUCCAUUCACCUAAAUAUGGAGAUUCACCAGGAGUGGAGCAGAGUGGAAUGCAGUUAUGGUACUUGUGCAAAUGUUUAUAAUGGCAAAGGGGGAGGGGCUCCACAUAGCCACACCCCUUUCCCAUAAACCACUCCCUCCCUCUUUAUGACAUAGGACAAUGUUUGAGGAAGUUUGCACAAUGUUAGGCUUCUGGAACAGUAUGUGAAGACGACAUAAAAGGGAAUUUUUAAUAUCGAACACAAGGAUCAAUGGAAGGGUAAAGAGCGUUAGGUACGAUACAGGGAGGUGAUGGAUGUCUAACACAGAAUGUACUGGAAAUGAAAGAUUUUGGGUCUGUUUUCCCACUUUUCUCACAUCUUGAGAAAAAGAAGGAUAGUUAGCAGGGGAACGUAGCAUGACAAUAACCUCCCGCUAUCCUCAACCGUUGUUGCUGAGAUGGUGCCAGAAGAAGAAAACUGUUUAGGUUUGCUCUCCUGGCAGUGCAUCGGCCUAAAACAAACAUCAGGUGGGAUAUAAACAUGGUUACAAGCAGUGGCACCUUCACUUUGACAUUUGAUUGAACAAUCAUUAGCAUCUUCUUUUGUAAUCUCUCUCUGGUUGUCGUAAAAGACUAGGAGAGGAUUAUUACCUCCGCGCAAAGUGUGCCCUUCCAUAAAGACACCCACUGUUACGUGCUCCAGUCAAGUAUUGCAUGAAUGUGUGUUUAUAUGUAUGUAUGUGACCAAAGUUGAAAGAAUUUAGAAGUCGCAGAUUCCUUUUUGUUCAUUUUAAGAUUAUACCUUCUUUUUUUUUCGCAAAGGUUGGUGCCAUCAACUUAAAUGACUGUUUAUUUCAGAAUAUUGUUUAAAACAUAGAUUAUUUCUCUUUAUUGGGAAAGAGAGCCAACCCUGUUGAAAAUCAUUUCCAUGCUGGUUAUUGCUGGGUUAUCUGGUGGAGAAGAGUAACCAGCAUGGUUUUCUGGUGAACAUGAUUAAGAAAGAAAGUCUUGUGUGUUAGGAUAGAUGCUUGAUGGGGACACCCAUAAAAAGAAUUGAAGAAAUGUUUUCAUUUAUCCAAAUGUUUCUAUCAGAUGAAUUUAUUAUCAAAACAUUAGCAUAAAGGUAUCUUUCAAAGGCAUGUUUACAAAGCUUUAUCUGUCAAAUGACUUUUGAAAUGAAAAAUCGAUGUUCAGUGUGUGUUAUUAGGAAAAAGGAUCAAUUUAUAGUGUUUUUAUUAGCUUUUUUCUUCUUGUCACGUGUUUAUUCGGCAUGCCUUUACUAUUAAGAAAAGAAGAGACGUAGAAAACAUAUAUGUAUGCAUUGCACUUUGUGAGGAUGGGAAGAGUGGAUAAAAGGAGAAACUCACUCUGGGAGGACAUCAUUGAGCCUUUUGAAUUGGUCCAUCUGAAAUAAGAUCGAUGACAAGUACGUAGGUGUGUGCGUGUAUGUAGCGGUUAUCCACUGUGUGCCUUUGUUUACACAGUGUGGGUUAAAGCAGAGUGUAACAUCUCUAACGAACACUCACCAAAAACAUUUGAGUUGUCUUUCAGCCCACUAAAGAACGUACUUGUGCCUACACCGCCCUGACUCCUCUCUGCACGUGCACAUAAAACAACCCAGUGUAGACAGAACACAGUGCAACUAACACAGACCAGCUCGCUGACAUACCGCAGACACAGAAAACACUGUCAGACGAGACACAGAGAGAAAGAGAGGAAACUGCAGAGGCCCUCAAUUGUCCUGACUAAGGCGUUUCUUACAGAAAAAAAGUAUUUCACAGGAAAGUGUGUGUUUAUGUUUAGCUUGACAUGAAGUGCAGUUUAGCCGCAGUUUUGAUUCAGGCCAGAAGUCAGUGUGAGGAUGGAUGUUGUCGCUUACAUCCAAAUUGAAUGAGCGGUAUAAAAUCGGCCGCAUUAGGAGGCGUCCAAAGCAGGUCACAUUUGUUUUACUGCAAAUCUAAACAGCUUGUAAAUGAUCGGUUAAAACUUAGAAGCACUCGUGGACUUUUCUGCACUUCAUCCAAGAUGAGAACACGAUUGCAUUUAGACCCAGGGUACAAAAUUAACACCCAUCAAGCGGUAAAUGUGAUUGCCAAGUACAUAAACGAAGCUCCUUGCCAGUUUAUUAGGAACUGCAACAGUACUGCAAUAAAAAUAUAACCCUCAACAAAGUGAUGCAAUUCAAAGACAUAUAAACUACAACUGCUGUUAUUUAUUUCAAAUGCAAAUUCAAUUUCAUGGCCAUUAAUAAAUAUUUACAUUUUCUAAAUUGACCUGCCAUUUGCCAGCAUGGUGAAAAGAUCAUUUUGAACCCUCUGUAUACACUCUAAAAAGCAAUUUAUUAAACAGUAUUUUUGUAGCAUCUAACUUUAUGAGGUUUGCCUAAAAUAACACAAAAUGGCAAUGAAAUAAAAAAAAGAGAGGAGUUAUCAGGUAAAUUAAACUUCAAAUUAAAAUUUCAAUAAGUCACCUAAACCAAAAAUUAAGUUUUAAAGAGUGUUUAGAUGUAUUUUUUUUUACUGGAAAACAACUCAAUUUUAAUUUAAUCAGAAAACAAUAAUAGUAAUGGCUGAAAGAAAGACUCAACAGUCUCUUUUAACACAGAAGAUUGAUUCCUCUGCAGAUCUAAUAGUCGGGACCAGUUUAACAUGUAAAUGAUAAGGGACUAUAGCCAUUAUUGUGUGGGGUAGAAAUGAAAUGCACCCUACACUUGGGACCAAGCAUAUCGAUUUCCUAAACUAUACCUUCUCCUGUGUUCGAGAAAUCCAGUUCUUUUAUUCUGAUCUACGAAAAUAAUAACUCUGCCAAAAUCAUAACCUCUGUAGCUAUGCAGCAUUAAAGUGCAGUUCAGAGACGAUGAAGACUGCUUCCCCAAGUGAGAACUUCUUCAUGUGCUUAAUCCACUCUUCUCCUCGGUCUAUUUUUAUAAAACCUAUAUCAGAGUUUGAAUACUAGACAAAAAAAAAAAGAAAAAAAAAGAACAAUGUCAGAUUUAGUUUCUUCUUUUUAUUUAUUCCAGCUUGUGGAUUCUGUUUAUAUGUGUUACUCUUUUUUUACAGUGCUGUGAUAUGAGGGACACAGCAGGGGGUAUUUAAAGACCAGAAUUAGGAUUUAAAGUUCAAAUGUGGCUUUACUUGCCAAAGUUUUGUUAUAUGCAACUUAACUAAAUGGGUUUCAGUGAACGGGUUGUACAAUUAAUGUAAAGCAUGAUAUGGAAAGCAUGUUUUUGUUCUUUUUUUUAAUUCUUUUUUUAUGAAACAGGAAAGCAGGGAUGUAAAUGGCAUGGUUAGAUUAGAAAACUGGGUAAAAUGGUUAAUAUUUCAGGCAUUAAUGGGCCAAAACUAAAUAACUACGCAGACUGCAAUCUUGUUACAAACAUAUGCAACACUCGAUUUUCAGCACAAACUUUUGACACUGUGGUCAAAAAGUAUUUUUAUGGUUACACACAUCCUGUAGUCACUGCCAGACAGUUUAGAAGAAAAUAACUGUUUUACAAAAAGUGUUUUUUGAGACAUAAUUGAUGUGUAAUUAAGCAACCUGUGUGUUUAUUUGACGGCAUGUACGUUAAUCUACUGCCACUGAUGGUCUUAAAUGUGAGAUCAAGUAAUGAAAUGCUGAUAUUUCAUUUGAUUAAGUCAUAAUGGUAAUUAAACACCCAUAAAACAGAGCGGACCAGUGCACAUAAAAGAAAUAAAAGAUGUCUCAGGUGACAGAUUUUCCAAAUGACAUGUUCUAAGUGUUUCUACAAUUAUUAUUCAAUGUAAAGUAUUUUUGCAAAAGCCAGUUGAAAGUUUGCCCACGUUUUAUAGAGAUGAAAAUCAAAAACAACUGAUGAAUUGUAAAUUAUUUGAUAACAGAAUCUUUUACAAACAUGUUUUCGGGAUGCAUACAGGGAAUAUAUUCAGAAUAACGCUCAAACAUCAGUCUAACGAGUCUCUCCUGGCAGCGCCAAAAGAUUUUUAUAGCUACACAGAUUUACAUAUUAAUACAAAAGAGUCAAAUUCACUCCCUAUUAGCUCAGGAAAAACAAUCGUUCUAAUCUCGCAUUAAUCCUGUUUGAAUGAUCAUCACAUAUCCCAGAAUGCUCUCUGAGCGGCACCCACCAUCACCAGAGCCCGUGUCCCAACCACACUUUUCCAUUGCCAGCUCAGGUUUUCCUCUAGAGCCCUGGAUCACACUCAAUCCCUCGUUUCGGCACGAUCAGUUAAAUGAGAUGAUGCCGUUUUAGUCUGUUGUCCUUUUCUUAAUAACCACUGUUGUAGUUCCAAACUGCUCAAAAGAAGACAUCUUAAGUUUCAAUUCACAAACAGGGUUCGCUUUCCCUUUUUCUAUAUAAAACUGCAUUAUAAAUCUGGUUUUGGGUGGAUCUUGAACCAAUUAAAACUCCAUGUGUGCUGCCAGGGGUGUUUGACACCCGCUGCACAAUCCGUCCUAAUCUCUCAGGAAUAAGAAGAGUCGCCGCUCCUAAUCGCUCGCAGCUGCUUACACGGCCCGUAUAAACACUGGAUUAGCACUUAGCAAAGGCAAAAGGGCAGACGAGUCAUUCAUCCCUCGUACCUGCACCAUCAACACACGCCGCUGUAGCUCAGGAUCCCUGCAAAGGCACCAAUCCUAAAACCAACGUUUAUACAUAGAAGACAGGGCCCGUUUUGCUAACCAGGGAAACAUUAAUAUAGGAGAACUGCAGGAACUUGUCAAAAUCAGUGGAAACCAGGGAAGCCAUAUGAAACAUAGUAAAGUGAAGCAACAGUUCUUUAAUUCUUUCAGAUUCUGAAAAGGUAGACUUGCAUUAUUAGGAUCACACCCUGUCAUGUGGUAAAGGGUAACGGCGCUACCUGUGGCUGCCAUGUCCUUCAGAGAUUAUACGUAUUUAUGAGGGCAAUGUGCAACCCUUUAAUCCACCACGAAAUGAUUACUUUAUCUAAUUAAAAUGGGUUAGAUUGUGUGCACGGAAUAGGAUUUGUUAAAUUACCUUCUUUUGAAUCAGAUUUUCUGUUUUUCGUUUCAUUUUUAAUUUGUCUUACUUUGUGUGCUAGGCGAAGGUCAACGCACAAUUGUGUUCAACUCGAUGUGAAAAUGUGAUGAUCCUGAAAUAUCAAACAGGUGCCGCUAAAACGCAUAAGUGACGGUGAUACAGAUUUUACUGACAGCUGUACAUCGACUGUCAAAUCCACAAAUGUAUCUCUUAGCCCUGUUUUGAUCUCUUUCAUAGUUUUUGCAAAAUCGAGUCCAAAUGCACGAUGGAGAAUAUCUGUUGUUUGGGACACAGAUUUCGGUUUUGUAACUGACCUUAUUUGAAGGUGUUCUUUCUAUAUGUUUCUGACUUGUGGAUUGUGUACAAUGACUUAAUUAAACACCUUGAAUGAA